GCUAAUUUCGAUUUGAUCCGUUCGACUUCCUCACUUAGUGAUUAUACAAGAAAAAAUAUUUGUGUUAAUUUCGAUCUAAUCAGUCCGACUUCCUCACUUAAGAACAUAGCAGCAGGAAAAAAAAAUUAUUUACAUUUUUUUUUAUAAUUAGGUUAUUACUUAUUAUAAGCUAGAUCCCAUAAUUAAGCUUAAUUAGGAAGGCUAAACUCCCAUCGCCUAUAUCAUACCCAAAACGACGUCGUAAUCUAUAAAAAGGGGACCCAUAUCAGUAGCCCACAUUAUUCAACAAUCGGUUUCUUUUUUUCACAACAACAAAUUUCCCCAAUAAAAACACACACACACACACACACACACUUUGAGUAGAAAUUAGGAAUCAGUGGAAGAAAGAAUGAAGAGAGCUCCGUCUCAAUCAAUGCUGCGUCAUUUUCAAGAAGUUGACGAGGACGAUGAUGGUGAUGACGUGGCAGAAGACGACGAAGAAUUCGGAGAAGUUGACUCCAUUUCCGAGCAAGCUGCACGCAUGACUAUUCACGACAAACGACAAGUCAAAAAACUACACGAACACUCGUUCUCGGCCGAGAAACACGGCACAUGGAAACAAGAACAAAGAAUCAUAGCAUCAAAGCUGAAGAAACAGCUAAAGGCAAGGUGGGAAAUCCAAAAACUCAUCGAACACCACCUCUCCCUCUUCCGCUCCCACCACACUCAACCCACCAAGAUGUCCGACGUGGCAAACAUCCUCAAGCCCAAGUGGGCCCCACCCCACGAGCUCGCCGCCCUCUACUGGUUCGGCGACUGGCGCCCCUCCACCAUCCUCCACCUCCUCCACUCCCUAUCCCACUCCCUGUGGGACCCACUCGGAGUCGACCGUGCCCUCUGCCAGCUCAUCAACGAUAUCCGAAUCGAGGAGGCUGUUAUAGACGAGGAAAUGGCCGAGAUCCAAUCCAACUGCGUCCUCCAACUACCCUUCGGCCCCGUUAAAAAUGGGCCCCACCUCGACCGUGUUAGGUCCGAGUUCAAGAAGAUCCAUCGCGUCGUCGUUAAGGCCCAAAAUCUAAGGAUGAAGGCACUAGAGCUUGCAUUAAAGAAGGUGCUGAGCCAGACCGAUGCUGCGAAGUUUUUGGUUGCGUUCGUUGGAAUUCAAGAUUUGAUUCACGAUUGUUCGGUGAAGUAUAAGACGCGUAAGGGUCCGGUUUGUAUUAAGGAAUUUCGAGGCUAAGUCACUGCAAAUUCGACCGGCAAUUUCGUAAUUUUUUUUUUUUACCUUAGGUUUAAAAAAAUUGAUGUGUUUGCUGUAUAGUGUAUAUAGCUGAUAUAGUUUUUCACUUUCAGUGAUGUAUCCAAUUGUUAAUUCUGGUGGAGUGAUUUUUGGUGUUGGUGAAAUA